AUGACGCGCGUUAAAGUUCUGUACGAUUUCAGCGGAGAACCGAACUCAUCAGAGAUCUCGAUCACGGUCAAUGAGGUGCUGACAGUCACAAACACGGAUGUCGGCGAGGGAUGGUGGGAGGGUAUGAAUGCCCGUGGCCAACGAGGUCUCUUUCCGGCGGCGUACGUUGAAACGAUCCCGGAAGCACCCUCGUUACCUCCCGGUGGUCCUCCCCAGAUGCCUCCACCUCCGGCCGUCAUGACGGCGCAAUCUGCCGGUGUUACAAAAUCGAACUCACAACACGCCGUCGGAGGCAAUCGGUAUGACCAGACGUCUGACGAUUGGGGUGAUCAGCAGGACGACUGGGAUGAUGAUUGGGAUGACGAUAACGAAACGUACUCGGAGAUCGGACCCGGUUCGAGUGCCGCUGGUCGAGCGAAUGGCCAGAGCCAAUCGCACAACCAGCCGCAGAGCCAAAUGCCGCACCAGAACUCGUCGGCGAGCUAUUACGCUAACGCUAAUUUACCCGCACCACCUAUGGGCGAUGGAGACAGUAUGUCGUUGGCAUCUGUCGCGACGACUGCCGGGGGUGGCCGAGCGCGUACUGCCGGAACCGGCAAGAUCUUCUCGAAAUCCGGCGACAAUUACCUGAUGGGUUUGCCUGUGCCGGACGUUUCGGAGUCGGAUCGCGUGCACGUGUUGCUGAUGGAGCACGGUGGCAUCGUGUGGAAGCCGAUGCGAGAUGCGUACACCGUGUCGGUCGAUUCGCCAAAGAAAGAGAAAAAGUUCAACGGUCUAAAGAGCUUCAUCGCGUACCAGUUGACGCCGUCGUUCAACAAUGCGCCGGUCGCACGGCGUUAUAAACACUUUGACUGGUUGCACGAGCGGCUGGUGGAGAAGUUCUGUCUCAUUCCGGUGCCGCCCCUACCGGACAAGCAGAUCUCGGGCCGGUACGACGAGGAGUUUGUCGAACAUCGACGCGUACAGCUGCAGGAGUUUGUCGAUUGGAUGUGCCGCCAUCCGGUGCUGUCCACGUGCGGCGUUUGGAUGCACUUCCUCACGUGCACGGACGAAAAGAAGUGGAAAACGGGCAAGCGAACGGCCGAGAAGGAUCCGCUUGUCGGGACGAUGUUCUGUGCGUCCGUCUUCCCACCGGAGAAGACGCUGCUGCAAUCCACUGUAGAGCCGCAGGUUGAUGCGGCCGGUCACUUCGUGCCGGCGAUGGAUUCUGCUGUUAAGACGCUGUUCGCGAUAUGCGGUGACCAGUCGAAGAAAUUCCAAGUGCAGUGGAAAAAAGACUACCAGCGCAUUGGUGAGGGUUUUUCGGAGCUGGCAAGAUCCCUCGCUAUCGACGAACGGCGCGCGGCCGCUCCACUCAGUCUCUCGAGCUCCGUCGGUCAGGCGGCAGGCGUUUUCAUCCACAUUGGGCAGCUGUUUGGCGAGCAGCCGAAGCAUGAUUUCAUACCGUUCUCCGAUCGGCUGCACAUCUACCGUGGCAUGCUGGCCGGGUGGCCCGACACGCUUGGCGAGUACCGGAACGCUACACAGAAGCGCAAGGAGUGCGAACGCAUGACGGCCGAGCAGAAGAUGGAGAAUGGUCAGCUGCAGGAGGUGAACCGGCGAGUAGAUGUGAUGUCGUACGCGCUGCUUGCUGAGAUGUCCCACUUUCGGGAUCAGCGAGACACGCACCUGAAGGAUACGAUACACAACUUUAUCGGGGCGCAGAUUGACUUCUACAAAUCGAUCGUGCAGAAGCUCGAACAAGCGCAAAGUCAUUUUUGAAUCAUGGAUCAAGCUGGCGAACCAACCAGCGACGCGAGGACAGACGGUGGUGGAGUGCC